AUGCCCACCCUCGCGGAUCCGGACGCGUAUGGCAUCGACGACCACCCCUCUUCCUCUUCCGAUGACGAUGAUGGAUUGAAUCUGGACGAUGAACCGGAGUCUGGACGUCGCGAGGCGAGGACUCCACGCUUUCCGGGGGAGGAUCGGACGCCUACGACGGAGAGGGAGUUGAAGGGGUGGUAUUUUGCGGGGUUGGCGGCGGAGGUUUAUGCUGUUUGUGGGGUUGGCUCCUUCGCACCAGUCACACUCGAGCAACUCGCUCGGGAAGCUGGCGUACUUCGCUCAGAUGGCGUGACACCCUGUAUUGUUCCGAAAGGCUCCACUCCUUCAGCCCGACACAUCGUCCGUUCCCUUUUCGCUCGAGCAGAUGAGAGCAAUCAAUGCGUCGUCUACCCUUUCGGCCACAUGGUCAGCAGUAGCAGUUUCGCACUCUACACAUUCAGCGCGGCGGUCUUCGUGCAGGCUCUAGUCCUCAUCAGCUUCAGUCCAGUCGCGGAUUAUGGAACAUACCGCAAACGCCUCCUCCUAACCUUCGCCUUCACCGGCGCCAUCGCAACAAUGGCCAUGCUCCUCAUCUUCCCUUCCAUCUACUACAUCGGCUCCCUCCUCACCAUCAUCGCAGUCGUCUGCCUCGGCUCCGUCUUCGUCCUGCUCAACUCCUUCCUCCCCCUCCUCGCCUCCAACCACCCCACCGUAACCGCCAAGUCCCGCUCCCUCCCCUCCCACCCUGGCCCAUCCACAUCCACCUCCCCCGCCCUCACCCUCUCCACAUCCAUCUCCUCCCGCGGCGUCGGCCUCGGCUACAUCGCCGCAGUCUCCGUCCAAAUCCUCUGCAUCCUCCUCCUCAUCACCCUCAAACGCGCUCACUUCCUCUCCGAAUCCACCCCUUUACGAAUCCUCCUCCUCCUCGUCGGAAUCUGCUGGGCAACCAUGACCCUCCCCGCAGUCCUCUACCUCCGCAACCGUCCCGGCCCCGUGCUCUCAAUCCCUCACUCCCGCCUCCCCCCGUUCCUCCAAUACCUCAUCUUCGCCUGGUCCUCCGUCUACACCACCCUCCUCACGGCCCUCCGCCUGCGCCAAACAAUCCUCUUCCUCAUCGCCUGGUUCCUCCUCUCCGACGCCAUCGCCACCGUCUCCGGUACAGCCAUCCUCUUCGCGCGCACAGAACUCCACCUUUCCACCAUCCAAGUCGCCCUCUUAUCCAUAACCGCGACCGUCUCCGGCAUCGCGGGCGCCUUCGCCUGGCCCCGCAUCUCCCGCGCCUACGCCCUCGAAACGAAAUCCACCAUCCUCGCCUGCAUUCUCCUCAUGGAAAUCAUCCCCCUGUACGGACUCCUCGGUUUCCUCCCUCCAAUCCGCGCCCUCGGAUUCCUCGGUCUCCAACAGCCGUGGGAAAUCUACCCCCUCGGCGUGGUCCACGGUUUCGUAAUGGGUGGCCUAUCAUCCUACUGUCGAGCCUUUUACGGGGAAAUUAUCCCCCCUGGUUCGGAAGCUGCGUUUUAUGCGCUGUACGCCAUCACGGAUAAAGGAAGUUCCGCCGUCGGGCCCGCGAUUGUGGGGGUCAUUGUGGAUCGGGUGGGGAGUAUACGGCCGGCGUUUGGGUUUUUGGCGGUGCUGAUUUUAUUGCCGUUGCCGAUUGUGUGGAGGAUUGAUGUUAAGAGGGGGAGGGAGGAGGCUGUGGCGUUGAGUAAAUUGAGGGUGCCGGUUGAUGUGAGCGUCAGACUGGAUGAGAUGAAUGGGAGUGCGGCGGAGGGGUUGUUGGGUGGGAGGAGGGAGGGGGCGUGA